AUGCUGAGUCUGCUCGCUGUCGGUUUCCUUGGGCUUUGGGUUCAGUACUCUCAGGCUCAAAGUACGGCCAAAUGUUUGCCGGGGUUUGAUUGGAGUUUCAAUUCAUUGGGACAAAGCCCAUGCGAUGUUGCAGCUGCCCUUGGUGGUGUGUGUAUUGGAACAUCUUUCCAAUUGGGGGCGCUGAGUCCAGGAUUGAUCUACCUUGGACCAACACCUGCUCAGGCAAAUUCUUGCAGGUGUAGCUCCGUCUACUAUUCACUUUUGAGUGCUUGUUCGGUGUGCCAGGAUGCCAAUUUCCUGAAAUGGUCGACCUACAAAACGAAUUGCACAGUUGUUUAUUCACAGGUCUUUGCACAACCUAUCCCCUCUGGCGUGAAUGUUCCACACUACGCAUAUUUGGAUGUAGAGACAGCAGACACGUUUAACCCUUCCCUUGCACAGGCAGCUGGUGGCCCCGAGUCUACCAGCGUCCCCCAGUCUACAAGUGCUACAAGUGCUACUUCUGGCCCUACACCGACCAAUAUCCAACCACCGACCGAGAACAGCGGGAAAAAAUCUAAUGCCGGUGCUAUUGCUGGCGGUGUCGUUGGAGGUCUUGUCGGGAUAGCUCUACUCGCAGGCCUAGUCUAUUUGCUUCUCCGCCGCAAAAAGCGUCAGUCUCCACCAUCAUCUGUCCACGAGCCCGUGAUGGCGAGCCAGGGCCCAUUGUCGUCGCAAAAUCCCAUGAGUCUCACAGGAAGUUCUUACCCGUCCACACCAGCGCCCAAAGUUUAUGAUCCUAACGACCCCAGUACAUUUCCCUCCGAUUUACCACAGGGUGGUGCUUUCAGCCAUUCCUACAACCCCUCAUCACCAUUCAUCCCAUCUGUUGAACAAACCAGCCAACCAUAUCCGACACACAUAUCCCCCAAUUUCACCAGCAACAGUGCUCAAAACAGUAUUGCUCCGCCGUCCCGCACACAAUAUACCGGUGCACCUGAGCUUUAA